UGCUGCAAGCCGGGAAGCUUUGGGGAUCGCUGCGAUCAAUCUCCCUGCCCCCGGUCCCUCCCCGCCCCGGCUCGCAGGGGAGGAGCAGGAGCAGCCGCCGCCGGAGCGCAAACUUGCUCCUUUGCAAAGGCUCCGGCGAAGAGAGCAGCCGCCGCAGACAGACAUCUUAGAAAGGGAGCGAGGAGCGGCGAGGAGGGUUCCGGGAAAACAGCCCCCCCGGCUCUGGAUUUAUAAACACCGCAGCAGAGGGAAGGGGACAGAAACCGAGCCGCGCGCGCCUCCUCCUCCAGCAAUUGAUCCAGGGGAUAUUUGGGUUGUUUUUUCUCUCUCUCCCCCCCCCUCCAAACACACUUGCUCAUUUCCUUCCCAAACUCCCCCCCCCAAUAUUACUUUACGGAUCCUCGUUAUACCAGGAGAGAAGAAGGAGGAAGAUUUGCAAGAAGAAGCGAUUAGCAAAGGCACUGGUUGUAGGGUGACGUGGCCAACAGGCGCAUAAUGAAGAGGAGCUUUUGGAUUUCCUAGUUCUUCGAGACGGAGAUUCAAAGGAGACGAACCUCCCAUCUGCUUCUUUGCCAUGUCUGGAUCUACUCAGCCCGUGACACAGAACUGGCGAGCCACCGAGCCGCGCUAUCCCCCUCACGCCAUGUCCUAUCCUGUUCAGAUCAGUCGGACACAUGCGGAUGUGGGUCUGUUAGAGUAUCAGCAUCAUCCCAGAGAUUACACUUCCCACUUACCACCUGGAUCUAUUAUGCAGCCACAGCGGAGGAGGCCUUCCUUGCUGUCUGAAUUCCAGCCAGGGAAUGAGAGGUCACAGGAGUUACACCUGAGAGCCGAGCCGCACUCCUAUCUCUCGGACAUGAGCAAACAGUCAGAAAUAGAGUUCAUUGAAACAAAACGACCACGGCUAGACCUGCUGCAAGACCCGCUGCUGCGGCACUCGCCUCUACUCAACCAAAAUCAGCAGGGAGGGACAGAAGAUCUCUCCAAGGAGCGAAGCCUGACGGGCAAGCUGGAACCUGUGUCUCCGGUCAGCCCCGCCCACCCUGACUCGGAGCUGGAUCUGUUACCCUCCAGGCUCUCGAAGGAGGAGCUGAUCCAGAACAUGGACCGAGUGGAUCGGGAGAUCACCAUGGUGGAACAGCAGAUCUCCAAGCUGAAAAAGAAACAGCAACAGUUGGAGGAGGAAGCAGCCAAACCACCAGAGCCUGAGAAACCGAUCUCACCCCCGCCUAUUGAGUCCAAGCAUCGCAGCUUAGUGCAGAUAAUCUAUGAUGAGAACAGGAAAAAAGCAGAAGCGGCCCACAGGAUCCUGGAAGGACUGGGUCCCCAAGUGGAACUGCCAUUAUACAACCAGCCUUCAGACACCAGGCAGUACCAUGAAAACAUUAAAAUAAACCAGGCAAUGCGGAAGAAGUUAAUUUUGUACUUUAAGAGGAGAAAUCAUGCUCGUAAACAGUGGGAACAGAAGUUUUGCCAGCGCUAUGACCAGCUGAUGGAAGCCUGGGAAAAGAAAGUGGAGCGCAUUGAAAAUAACCCCAGGCGCCGUGCCAAGGAGAGCAAAGUGCGGGAGUACUAUGAGAAGCAGUUCCCAGAGAUCCGGAAGCAGCGGGAACUGCAGGAGCGCAUGCAGAGGUUAGAGGAGAAGCGGGUAGGACAGAGGGGCAGCAGUCUCUCCAUGUCGGCCGCACGCAGCGAACACGAGGUGUCAGAAAUUAUUGAUGGGCUCUCGGAACAAGAGAACCUGGAGAAGCAGAUGCGCCAGCUAGCCGUCAUCCCCCCCAUGCUAUACGAUGCUGACCAGCAGCGCAUUAAAUUCAUCAACAUGAACGGCCUGAUGGACGACCCCAUGAAGGUGUAUAAGGACCGGCAGGUGAUGAACAUGUGGAGCGAACAGGAAAAGGAGACCUUUCGGGAAAAGUUCAUGCAGCAUCCAAAGAAUUUUGGUGUGAUUGCUUCAUUUUUGGACAGGAAGACGGUGGCAGACUGCGUGCUCUACUACUACCUGACCAAGAAGAGUGAGAACUACAAGAACCUGGUGAGGAGGAAUUAUCGACGAAGGGGGAAGAAUCAGCAGCAGCAGCAGAUGCCCCGUAGCAGCCAAGAGGAGAAGGAUGAAAAAGAGAAAGAAAAGGAGAAGGAGGCAGAGAAGGAGGAAGACAAACAGGAAGUAGAAAACGACAAAGAAGAACUGACAAAGGAGAAGAAUGACGACACGUCCGGGGAGGAUAACGACGAGAAAGAAGCCGUCGCUUCCAAAGGGCGUAAAACCGCCAACAGUCAGGGCAGGCGCAAAGGCCGCAUCACCCGUUCCAUGGCUAACGAGGCCAACCACGAGGAGGCAGCCGCUCCGCAGCAGAACACAGAGCUGGCUUCUUUGGAAAUGAAUGAAAGUUCUCGCUGGACAGAGGAAGAAAUGGAAACGGCCAAAAAAGGUCUCCUUGAACAUGGGCGGAACUGGUCAGCCAUUGCCAGGAUGGUGGGCUCCAAGACUGUGUCGCAGUGCAAAAACUUCUAUUUCAACUACAAGAAAAGACAGAACCUGGACGAGAUCCUGCAGCAGCACAAACUAAAAAUGGAGAAAGAAAGGAACGCAAGGCGGAAGAAGAAGAAAGCCCCUGCCGUUCAGAAUGAAGAAGCUGCCUUCCCUCCCACGGCAGAGGACGAGGAGAUGGAGGUAUCUGGGACAAGCGGCAAUGAAGAGGAGAUGGCCGAGGAGGCGGAAGCUGCAGUAAAUCACAGCUCGGACACGGAGAGUAUUCCCUCGCCGAGACCUGAAGCCAAAGAAAGUGGAGAGAAUGGGCCCAAGCCCACUCCUGGGCCUGGGAGAGACUCCGGUCCAGAAUCUGCCCUCAAGGCGGAGGAUGCUGAUGCUGCUACUGCAGCUAAUCCCACCGCUAACACCACCCCACAGCCCCAGGAGGCAGCUGCUGAGCCAGCCAGCAGUGAGGAGAAGCCGCAGGAGGAGCUGAUGGUAGAUGUGGUGAAAACGGAGGAGCUGGAGGAGAAGCCAAGCGAGGAGCCCUGCAAGAGCGAAAUCAAAAAGGAGGAGAGCGAGGACUGCCCGGAGAGAGACAAGGCGAGUGAGAAGAAAACGGAGAGCGUCAGCAGCGCGGCGGGAGCAGAGGUGGCGCCCAAAGCUGAGAAGAAGGAGAGUCAUAAACCAGGCAAAGCUGCCGGGCUCAACCCCGACAGCGACUCCAGCGCCACCUGCAGCGCAGACGAGAUGGACGAGCAGGACGCCGUGGACAAAAACAGGCUGCUGUCUCCGAGGCCCAGCCUCCUCAACGCUGCCGCCGAUGCCAGGCUGAACUCUUCGCCUCAGAAACCAUUGGACCUGAAGCAGCUGAAGCAGAGAGCUGCUGCCAUCCCCCCCAUUAUUUCCGAGGGGUUCCCAGACGGGACGUCGCAGAGCGGAAGCAUGAAGCCUCAGGUGCCUCACCACGCCUUGGCCCUCUACCAGCAGCAGAUCACUAAAGCCCACGAAUCUGCCCGGGAUGAUGUGGCCCAGAACAAGCAGCCGCAGCAGCAACAGCAGCCUGAGCAGGAGCAGCAGCCGAGCAGUAGCCCCAGGGGAAAGAGCAGGAGCCCAGCUGUGGGUGACAAAGACGAAAAACCAGUGCCUUUCUCGUCACUUGCCGAGGGACCAAAGCUAAGCGGAGAGCAGACUGCCACAUCGUGCUGGCCCCCCAUGCUGCCAUACCAAGUGUCCUCUAGGGAUGUGAUCAAAACCUCCCCGCAAGCUGAGCCACAUGUGUUUCAGUAUAACCUGCCAGCUCACCCAAUCCCAUUAAAUUUACACGAGAGCUCUCGGUCUGGGCUACAGAGAUUGUCCAACAUCUCCAAUCCUCCCCCUCUCAUCUCUUCCAACAAACACCCAUCUGUUCUGGAGCGCCCCAUCGGCUCCAUUUCCCAGGGGGUGCCCAUUCAGCUCCAUACUCCAUACAGCUCUGAGCAUGCAAAAGUUCCCGUUGGCUCCAUCACCAUGGGCCUGCCAUUGACUAUGGAUCCUAAGAAACUGGUGCCUUUUCCUGGAGUAAAGCAGGAACAACUUUCUCCUAGAAGCCAGGCCAACCAGCCUGAAAGUCUGGUAAUGCAGACGUCCCAAGAGAGCUCCAUCCUGAGGGGGGCGUCGCUGGGCUCAACCCCAGGAGGGAGCAUCAGCAAGGGGCUCCCCAGCACCAGGCCUCCGUCAGAAUCACCCAUCACCUAUCGGGGAUCCAUCACACACGGCACCCCAGCUGAAGUGCUGUACAAAGGAACCAUUACCAGACUAAUCGGAGAAGACAGCCCCGGCAGAGCAGAGAAGGCGAGAGAGGAUGCCUUGCCCAAAGGACAUGUCAUCUAUGAAGGGAAGAAGGGCCAUGUGCUCUCCUAUGACGGUGGAGUCGGUGCUUCCCAGUGCCCCAAGGAGGACAGCAGAAGCACUGGCGCGUCUCAUGAGACCACUGGUACCAAACGGACCUACGAUAUGAUGGAGGGGAGGAUCAGCCGGGGUUUGCCGGCGCGCGAUCUGUCGUCCACUAGCAUUGAAGGUCUAAUGGGUCGAGCGAUCCCCCCCGACAGACACAGUCCCCAUAACUUAAAGGAGCAGCAUCAUAUCCGGGGCUCAAUUACACAAGGAAUCCCGCGAUCCUAUGUGGAGGGCCACGAGGACUACCUCAGAAGAGAAGCCAAACAGCUCAAGAGGGAAAACACUCCCCCAAGGGACUUGUCCGACACUUACAAAGUCAGGCCUCACGAGGGCCUUGCUCCCUUGAAAAUGAAAGCAGCUCAUGAAGGCCUCGUUGCCACCGUGAAGGAAGCGGGAAGAUCGAUCCACGAGAUUCCCAGGGAAGAGUUAAGGCGCACGCCUGACAUCCCGGUGGCAGCAAGGCCUCUGAAGGAAGGAUCUAUCACACAGGGUACCCCGCUGAAAUACGACAGCAACUCUUCCUCAGUAAGUGCCAAAAAGCAUGAUGUCCUGUCGAUCAUCGGGAGCCCAGGGAGGACUUUUCACUCUGUGCACUCGCUGGACGUCAUGCAAGACCCAAGGACUCUGGACAGAGCUUGUUACGAGGAGAGCCUGAAAAGCAGGCCCAGCCCAGUUACAAACUCUGGAGGUUCAAUUACCAGGGGAGCCCCCGUGAUUGUCCCUGAGCCCGGAAAGCCUCGCCGUAGCCCGCUUACCUACGAGGACCACGGGGCAGCGUUUAGUAGCCAUCUGCAUCGAGGUUCUCCAGUAUCCACAAGGGAGUCGACCCCACGGCAGCAUGAAGGGAGCAUCACGGCUGGGAAGCCGGUGUCCCAGGACAGAAAGAUCACCCCCACAACAAGAGACAUCGCCAACUCCAAGUCUCCUCACGCUACUCUAUCGGACCAUCACCAUCCCAUCUCCCCCUACGAACAUUUACUCCGGGGAAUGAGUGGUGUCGAUUUGUACAGAGGACACAUUCCAUUGGCCUUCGACCCCGCUGCAAUUCCCAGGGGAAUUCAACUGGAAGCAGCUGCUGCUUACUACUUGCCCAGGCAUCUUGCUCCAAGCCCGACGUACCCCCAUCUCUACCCUCCGUACCUCAUCAGAGGGUAUCCAGACACUGCCGCCAUGGAGAACAGGCAGACCAUCAUCAAUGACUACAUCACCUCCCAGCAGAUGCACCAGAACGCCGCCGCCACUGCCAUGGCUCAGCGGGCAGACAUGCUGCGCGGACUUUCGCCCCGAGAACCCUCGCUGGCUCUCAACUAUGCUGCAGGUCCUCGAAGGAUCAUCGACCUGUCCCAAGUGCCGCACCUGCCCGUCCUCGUGCCCCCCACACCUGGCACCUCCGCCGCCUCGAUGGACCGAAUCACGUACAUCCCCAGCGCCCCCCAGACAUUUAGCAGCCGGCACAGCAGCUCCCCGCUCUCCCCAGGAGGCCCCACGCACAUGACCAAACAGACAGGCGCGUCGGCUUCCGAACGGGAACGAGAUCGGGAGCGCGAGAGGGAGCGCGAGAAAUCCUUCCUAGCAGCCUCCACUGUGGAGCAUGCACCCAUCUGGAGACCAGGGACCGAGCAAAGCAGCAGCCGUUCAGCCACUCAUUCUCACAGCCACCAGCACUCUCCCGCCUCGCCCCGCACCCACGAGACCGUCCAGCAGCGCCCCAGCGUGCUGCACAACACGGGCAUGAAGGUCAUCUCGUCGGAGAGCCUCACCCCGUCGGUUCUGCGAUCCUCCACCACCACCACCACAUCGCCCAUCCGCUCUGCAGGAUUUCCCACGGCAUCCGCCCUGCGCUGCUCCCUCAGUGGAGUGGACAGCUAUGCAGCCAUGAUGGACCCUGCUCUCCUACAGAAAGAGGCGUCCAGGGCCCGAGAAGCCAAGGUAGAACGCCCUCAGACUGACAACAACAUGUUCACCUCAAAGCUGCCCAGUGGGGCAGGCCUAGAACAGUCAUCGUCACCCGUUAAAGCCAUGGAGUCCAGGCCCUUACCAGCCUCCGGGCCAGGUUCUACCCAGCAGUAUAGCAGAGGACAGGGGAAAAACCAGCACCAUCAUCCGCCCCUGGAUCAGCAGCACGCAGUCUCGGUCAAUGAGCAGCACAGUAGAGAAAAGAAUCAAAGUAAAUCCUUUUCAAUGCAGGAACAGGAGCUCCGAGCACUCGGUAAGACCACCAUGACAGCGGCCAGCUUCAUAGAUGUGAUUAUCAUGCGUCAAAUUUCUUGCGAUAAGGGGAAGCGAGAAAGACGCUCGCUAAAUAACGACUCCGCUAGUGAUGGGUUCCACGGAGGCUACAGCCCUGAUGGCGUUGAAGCAGUGAGCCCGGCGAGCUCGCCCAGCGUAUCCCACGAGAAAGGGGCAAAGGUGCUGCCGGAUGUGGAGAAAGGGCACGGGGAGCACAACAUGAGACAAAAACAGCAAGCCUCCCUGAAGCUCUCUGCAGCAGAAGCAGCUCACAUGCAGCACCUGCGCCAGUUGCCCGAAGGCCAGCAAUCCCCAUGCCAGCUGCUGCAGUCGUCCCAGAACAUCAAAGGCCACCAGCAACGGGUGGUCACGCUGGCUCAGCAUAUCAGCGAGGUUAUCACACAAGACUACACACGCCAUCAUCCUCAGCAGCUCAACUCCCACCUCCAGACCCCGGUGUACUCCUUCCCCGGGGCCACGUGUCCCGUGCUGGACCUGCGAAGGACGCCCAGUGAGGCUUACAUCCAGCCGCAGGAGCACGCUCCGGCCUCCAGAAUCUCCCCGCAGAGCGAGGGAGACAAGAGAUCUCCUGAGCAGAGCAAAGCGUCUGCGGGGAGUGCACCAGAUGACUGCAUUGAGCCUGUCUCGCCACCAGACGGCAUGGGAGAGCUGGAGCACACAAGGAGCACCUCGUACCCAAUCUUGUACCGAGAGGGAGAACAGUCAGAGCAGAGAAUGGGUUCCAAAUCCCCAGGAAACAACACCCAGCCCCCAGCUUUCUUCAGCAAACUGACCGAGAGCAACUCCGCCAUGGUGAAAUCCAAGAAGCAGGAGAUCAUCAAAAAGCUGGGCACGACCAACAGGAGUGAAACGGAGUACAAUGUUGGACAGCCUGGGACAGAGAUUUUCAACAUGCCAGCAAUUACUGGAGCAGGGCUAAUCAGUUGUAGAAGCCAGUCGGUUCAAGAAAAUUCCAGUACCAACAUGGGGUUGGAGGCAAUAAUUAGGAAGGCCCUAAUGGGUAAAUAUGACGAGCAGUGGGAAGAGCGCUCGCCUCUCAGUGCCAAUGCCAAUGCUUUUAACUCUCUGAAUGCCAGUGCAAGCGUGCCCGCUGCUAUGCCCAUAACCGCUGCUGACGGACGGAAUGACGACAUGCGCUCCUUGCCAGGCGGAGGAGGGAAGCCAAAGAUUGCUGCUGCCAGACCCAACAGCCGCAAGGCCAAGUCCCCAGCGCCGGGCCUGUCCUCCGGAGAGAGACCACCGUCUGUUUCUUCUGUUCAUUCGGAGGGGGACUGUAACAGGAGGACACCGCUAACCAAUCGAGUCUGGGAGGACAGGCCUUCGUCUGCAGGUUCCACACCAUUUCCAUACAAUCCACUGACAAUGAGGCUUCCAACCGGCGUGGUGACAGCCCCGCCGCCAGCGUCCAUUCCACAAGGGAACUCCACCAGCCAGCACCACGCCUGGGAGGAGGAGCCCAAGCCCCUGCUCUGCUCCCAGUACGAAACGCUGUCAGACAGUGAAUGAACGAAAGAGAGGGAGGGGAAGAGUGGACACACGUGGGUAGCGAGCUGGCCAAGGUGAACUCCGACCAUAUCAGUCCAUGGCGCUGUCAGCAAAGAAGCCGGAGCCGCGCUUUUCCAAUCGGUCGAUUUCUCACAUCAGGAAAUUUCUGAAUCCUCUUCAGUCUAAAGCCUUAAGACAGCCAGAUGAAACCCAGCCUACUUCUCUUUCCAGCACUGGUGUCCUCAUGCAGCAGCUGAGAGCCUGAGAUACAGUCUGUGAACAGCUGAUGGGAGGGGGGGAGGAAGUGCCGAAGGAUGCAAUCGCUCACUGAAUCCCAGUUGUUUACUCAGGGGAGACCAGCUGGUGCUCCAGUUCUACUCCUUAGAUUCGGUGAGAACGAGGAAACCCAUGUUGGGAGGAGAGCGAGCGUGCUUGGGUGCAUGUGCAUAUACUUUAUGUGUGUGUGCGCCUAUGCACACAUAUAGCGUGUAUUCUCUGCCUGCACACCCAUGUUGCCUGCUAUCGAGUACUUGAAAUAGGAUUAGACUGCCCUCCCCCAGCCUCCGAGUUGUUCCAUGUGUUUAUCAGCCCACGGGCUGCACCACUGAAUUAUAAAAUCAAAAGCCCCAUUUUGUUCCUCUUGGGAUGUUCCUUUUUCUUACAGGCAUCCCCUGCAUGGGAUUAUCUUCCCCAGCAGGCCCCGGAAAAGCUUAAACAAAUAAAAAUUACGGGGGUGGGGGGAAGGCUAAGGAUCCACUUAACAAACAAAAAGUCCUUCUGAGAAAGAAAUCCUUGGUUUAUCUUGUAAUCAAAAGAAGUUCCCCAUAUUGUGGUGCAUUAAUCUGCAGAUGAAGGGACUCCGUUGCUCGAAGUGCAUUGUUUCCUGAAUGGUGAGAAAAAGCAAUUGUAAAUGAUGUAUUGGUCUACAGGGUAUAUUUUUGAUACCUUCAGUGAAUUAUGUCAAGAUGUUUGACGUGAGGAAGGACUUAAAACAGUGUUACGUGCUGCUUUCAGUCUCAGCUCCUGGAAAAGAGGUUCUGUUAUUGCGUGCAAGAUUUGAUGAGUUUGUCCAUUGUAUGGAAAUGUAAAAAAGGUCUCGUUGAUCCAUCACAGUUGUCUGUACGUCAGUAGAAUGUAUUAACUUAGUUUAAAAAAAAAAUGUUGCCACAACUGCAGGGCCUCCUCAUUAUUACAUAUACUGCUCUUAAGCCAAGAGGGAUUUUCUUCUCCUUCCAGAGCUUUACUCUCUGGCACGGAGAUCUCCAGGGAGCCUUUCCGAAGAGCUUGUCAAUGUUCGCAGUGGGAGGGGAUUCAUGAGAAAUGUAAAACAUUUGUAUUGUAUUUUUCUGAUGCACAUGAACGCUCUGCUUUAUAUUAUUUUUCAUUCCAUGAUGUUGGAUCAUAUCUGCAGUUACAUGGUUCAAGAACAAAAUAUUAGACUUUUGUUUUUCCUUCACUUCUGCUUUCUCACUCUGGGGAUUUGGGGGAAAAAAGAUGAUGUAUUAAAUGCUUUGCAUUCUGCACGCUAGAGGAAAGAAGACCAGGACAUAGACUUUCUGCCUCUCCCGUUGCCUGUUGGAACAGACAGCUGCUGUGUUGCAGAAUAUCUCUGAUCUGCUAGGAGUAUAUUGAAGAAAAAGGUUCACAUUGUCACACUGUAAAUGGGUUUUUUUCCCGACACUGUCCCAAGGGUGAUUCUAAUGUCAAAGCAACAGAAAGAUUGUAUGUGGUGGGUGGUUGGGGUGUUUUUACAAUGUGCAGGUUUUUAACGUUCACAGACGUUUGUGUCUUUUCUGUUGCCUUUUUUUGUUGGUUUUUUUAAACGCACAAAAUAUUUGGAAGUGUUUAUGUUCCCCAGGUGUAGCUGCUGGUGUGGCAUAGCUCAGAAACAAAAAGUUGACAGCUGACAUUUUGGGUAUAAUAUUUUACAAAGAAGUUGUAGGUUCGGCUGGGUGAAGUUCAAAUUCACCCCUUCCUUCCUCCAAUAGCCCUUUAAAAAAAAUGACACUACAGCCUAGCAUUGUAGUAACAGUGAGGUCAGCUGCAGUGUCUUGCCAAAACCGUUUGCAGUUUUUUAAUGAGACAUGGACAUGCUUUUCACCAAAAUGGUUGCCAGAAAUCCAGCCCAUUUUUGACAGCUGCCGGAAGAGAGAAAAAUGUGAUUUGUCACAAAAAAAUGUUCCCAGUUUUCAGCUAGCUCUAGAGACUUGGACCUUUCACUGUAGCUUUUUUCUGUUUGCAUAAGGGAUCCAAGCUUUGUCAGCCACCGUUAGACUAGACCUCAGCUGUACCUGGCACUGGGUGACAGCCAGAGGAAAUAAACCCAAGUAGCCUGUGCUAAGGGACAGAGAAAGCUGGUCUCAGCUGUCUGAGGGGUUGUCAUCUGGUCUUUGCUUAGCAGGAUAGGUGCGUAGAUCCCAGCAGGGCGAGCUGGGUGUGUGCAUUUCCCGCGCCUCGUGGGGAAUCUGGCUGUGGGGUGCAGAGGAAGUGGCAUCCUGCAUGAAAAAUAGAGCUGAGCUGGGAGGAGGGGCUGGGAUUCUCUUGCGGAAUGGCCUGGUCCCUGAAGGUGGCCGUCAUAACGUGUCAGAUAAGUGAGACGUUUGAGAAUUUAGGCUGGAAGUUUCAAAGGGGGCCUAAGGGUGUUAGGCACCUGUCUAUCAUUGACCUUCAGUGGAAGUUUGGGAACCUUAACCCCUUUAAGCUCCUUUGCAAAUCCCAGCCCAAUUGGCUUGGGUUUGCCGACAUAGCCACCCCACCCCCCCAGGCCAGAUAUGCUGAUGUAGCGGUUCCACUUGCUUCCCAUCAUGCUCAGAAAGGCCUCGCCCUAGACUCUCCAAGUCAAAGUGAAAACCCUUAGACAUCAACAUGGAUGGUUUGGGGUUAGAGACCCUCGGGCAUCCCCCACCAACAGGAAGAAAAGGAAACGCUUGCAAAGUGCAGGGUUAAAAUAUCACCUGGCAAAGAGCCAUACAAACAUGGCAGCCCGGGCUGGGUGAACGUCACUGUGCUGUAGAAAGUCCUGUUAUGUCAGAGGGGGGAAUAUCUGAUGGGGUGGGGGAUCCUUGAAAAUCCUUUCAAUGUCCCAGGCAGCCGCAGCUGUUUGUCUCCGCAGCCCCUCAGCUUCCCCAUUGCUUAUUUUCUACCCAAGGGAGGGUUUCAGGCAGAGGAGCUGGGGGAGGGUCUCCUUGUUCAGCGCUGGCCACUGUUUCCUUCUGGACGUUUGCACCGUAGAGGGUUUUAGCCCCAGAAGUCGAAUACCUUGGGAGCAGAGUGAGUCUUUCAAAGCCUUAAUUGAGUGGUAAGUCUUGAGUCAUUGGUCUCUUUUCUUCCCGGCACUUACUGCAUGCCAAGAGAUGAGUGGAACCACCUGGUACGUCCCUGUCAAAGGCGGGAGCUCGCGUUUAACGAGGACAGGCCUGGGAUUACUGACAAAGAGAGAACCUCCAAAACCACUUGGCAAAGGUCGUCUGGUAAAUCCAAACCUCUUUAAAUAUUGCUGAGACUCUUUGUUUGGGUUCUGUGCAGCAGUGCUCAUCUUAUAUGGCUGGAUGGACGUCAUCCUGUGGCUUCUGUGGUGCCUUGCCUUUGCUGAGGGAGCAUGGAAGUGGUCACCUGUUCUUUAGGCACAUGCACUCACUGGAAGGAGUGACAGCCAGAUGCCCAAGGUGAGCUACCCAGGAAGGGGUGGGUGGGUCUGUAGCAGCCAAGAGGUUCAAACCUCUGUAGUUCUCUUGGGGCUAAAAGAAUAGCUGUGGGGAGAGGUGCUCUGGAGCAUGAAAUCCUGCAGCUGCAGAACAGGAACAGCCCAGUGCCAGUUCCCCGCUCUGCCCCGCAAGGGGCCCCCCAAGCCCGGCCUGCAGGGACCAGCUCCAGGGAGUGCGGAUGGCCCAUGUGGUGGUGAGUCUGCCCACAGCUGCCAGGUAGGGCGUGGUCCCUGCGGUCCGGGGUGAGGACAGAUCCACCGACUCAUUCCAUGCAGGCAGUUGAAAUCAGGACUCUCCAGCAGUAAACUGUCAGGCAUUGCUGCUCUGCCGCAUGGAGCAGCUGGACAGCUCUUCUUUCAACAGUGACAAACACUAGCCCAGGCUCCUCUUCACAGAGUCAAAUGCCCAAAGAAAACCUUGUUAGCGAGACACCGUUCCACUCCUCUGUGUACAGGCCCAGGAAAAAUCAAACCUCCUCAGUGCACCCACGGAUCUCCACCCUGCUGCUGAGUGCAGACAGGCCGGGCCCAGAGCUCACCGAUGGCCUUGGCUAGGCUUGGUACUGGGAGAAGGCAGAAGGGUCUUUAAGAGCUCCCGCUCUCAGAUUUGCAGCUUUCUGGCUGGGCUAGAGUCUGACUGAAUUGUUCUGGCUCCUUGUUUGUCUAGACGCCUGCGUGGUAGGUGUCGAAUGAUUUUCAUUAGAAAAAAGUCCCCCCAAAAUCACGCACCCUCUGUCAUCGCAGUCCAACCCGUGCAGAUAUCCCUAGCGUGUGCUGCGGAAAACACCCAGGGCAAAGCCAAAAGCAUGUUGCGUUGCCAGAAAUAACAACAAACCUACAAUAGCCACGUGUGCCUAGAACUUCGGGCGCCCUUGAUGUGGCAGAUCCAGCAUCGCUGAGUCUAAAGAUAACACCAAGCCAAGCUGACAAUGGGGUGGUUGGGAAACGUACACAAGCUUGGAGCAGUCACAGUCCAUGGCGUCCUAGGCCAGGCUCCUCAAAGGUAUUCAGCCACUGAUGUCAAUGGAAGGUAGGUGCCUCUCUGCUUUUGAGGAUCUGGGUCAUAGGGCUUAGCUGUACUUUAAAGGGAUGUUUUCUCUUAGUAAGUGAGAAAUCGUAUUCCUAUUGAAAUGAGCGGCAAAACUUCCACUGACUUCCCCGGGGGCAGGAUCACAUCCUGUACCAUACGCAUGGUCUUUGGCCUAUGUGGGACCAAAGAAACUCAGUGAGUAGGAUUAGACCUGAACUAGGAUUUAUCCAACUUGGGCUGUUUUUCUGUAUCCGGUUGAUAUCAGUGACUGGAGUAGAGCUGCCACCAUGGAGUGCGAAAUGCAUGUCGUUGUAGUGCUUGUCUUAGGCAAACUCUUCUCCCGGUGUAAAUUUAUUCAGGUCCAAUCAGUGGUGCUUACAUCAAUGUUGUCUACUUUGUCAGGAAAGAAUGGAGGGGAGCCUCUCAGGCUCGGGGAUCCGGAAUAGAAAUAGGUGACCCAGGAAGUUGUGAGUGUGCAUUCUGUGUCACUGAGGACUGGGGUUUCUCUUAUAGUUACAGUACAUGGUAUUUCAGUGUUACAGAGCUGAGUAUGAUCCAGUCAUACUCCAGCUUGUAUGGAACAAGCAACUAUUGCACUUAGAGACACUACGAUUUCAAAACUGUAACCCCACCUCAGCCCUCCACUGGGUUUUGGGUUUCAAGGGACUGAUCCUUUUAAGAGACUUUCCCCAAAGCCCUUGGCUCUCCCCAGAGCAGCGAUGGAAUUAGUCUGACGGGGGCCGGGGGGUUGUUUUCACUCACUCGUAGUAUGCUGAGGGGUGUGGCCAGGAGCCUGUUGCUUUAGGUUUUCGAGAUGCAGUGCUAAGGACAGAUGUAAAUACGCUGGUCACUUCUGAUGUUUAUCUAACAUGUUCUUGCUCACCCACCUGGGUGUCUUUGAGUACAAGGGACUGGCGUCUUCUCCAGUGUUUGUGACUAUGGCCACGUGUACAUUCCACACAGGGAUUCGGGAAUGGCUGUCCCUUCAAAACCAGGUACUUCCUUGUGCCCAGAUACUGUAAAUUCCGUGUGUGAGUGUGUGUACACUCCUAGACUCUGUGUGUGUGUGUGUGUGUGUGUGUGUACAUCUCCAUAUGCGUGUGUGUGUGUAGUGUGCACACACACGUGCUUUACAUGUGCCUGAAUCGAUGUAUUGGCAUAUAUCCAUGGAUGUACUAAACAUACAAGCUGGAUUUUGGUAAAUCAGGUUCAUCACAAUUCAGCUAGAUUCAGACUCCAUUGACUGCAACUCCCAUAUAAGGUGAGCACUGUCUGUGUUAGCUGAAAGGAAAGACAUCUUUCAUACGAAACUGUCCGCAGAAUCGCUGUCAGAUUUUGGUGACACAUGUCUUCGUGCUACCUGCUAUGAUUUUUAUUGAUCGUGCAAUCAAAAAUGGAGGUUAUAUUAAACUAUUUAAAGAAAAAGGUUUGAAGUUAGUGUAACCAACUUUCUAAUUUGUACAAACAAGCAAAAAGAUAAAAGGACAAUUUAUUGUUUGAACUGUACAAGGGGGAAAAAAAUCUAUCUUUUGUACAACCAAAUUGUGCAUAGCUGUUUUGAAGCGAGUUGUAUGAUAGAACGGACUGUAUAUAGAACUGAUGAGUUGUAAAUAUUUAUGCAGCUUGCUAUAAAGGGUUGGUUUUCUUCUACUGAAGGUGAAGUUUUUGUUCACUGUCAUUUUGCUCAACAUGC